AGAUUUUGAAUUGAAUUACACUUAUAUGAUUCACUAUUUUUUAAUUAUUUCUCCCUCUCAUUUCCACAAAAAAUACAAAUUUAAUUCUUUAAUAACUAAUUAUGUGUGGGAAAAUUAUGAGUGCGGAACAGCCAUUCAAAGCCCAUCGUCUUGCUGCUGUUGUGCUACUUGCCUUAUGUUCGCAUCUUCAAACUUUCAACAUUGCUACUGGCAGACCGUCUCUAAAGAGGGUUCAUAUAACUUUAUGAACUUCAUUUGACAAACUGAGGCUAAUCGGAAGAGUCGCAGCUUGAUGUACCUUUUAUCUGGAAUCAUUUGUCAAUAAUACUAUUUGACUCGUUUUAACUCUAUCCAGUGUAAUGUGCAGCCCCCACUGGAACCGCAAAACUUAAACUGACCACUUCCAGCUGCUAAAAAUCUACUCUAUUAAGCUCCGUAUCUCACUUUCUUCACAUCGCACCUGGCAACAAUCCCAGAACAAUUUGCAAACAGAAAAUUAAUCAUCUCUCUCUCUCUCUUUUUUUUUUUUUUUUGUUUAUUACUUUUUCUAUCCGUCAUUUCCCUGAGAAAAAUCCUCAUAAUAAUUAAAUGUAAAAUUCAAUUCAAAGUAUUGAUUAUAAAUCAAGUAAAAGCUUAUCUAAUUUAUUUCAGUUCCACUAUCUCUUUAACAAAAUUUUUCAUUCAAUAAAUAUUUCGGAUUAAAUUUGUGGCAUAAUUUCUUAAUACUAGAAUAAUAUUUAAAAUUUCUGAGAAGAUAAAGCAAAGUGUUAGAAAAAUAUAAUUCUAAUUGAAAAUGGCUAAUUUUCUGAUUUGGUAUAUCUUUGCGGCCCCUGCUAUGGUGAUCGUUUGGCAAAUGGAUUUAGUUGACGCCGGUGCGAAAGCUAACAUGGAAGUAACAACUAUGGAACGAGCAGCAAAUACAAAUAACAGUAAAACUUCCCAAUGCCCAGCUGAAUUAUCCAACUGCCAAUGCAAUGCAACCAGUGUGGAGUGUAUAGAUACUGGCUUUACUAAUGCUAGUUUCUUUUUAUUCGUGCCACAUUCUGUACAGAGUUUAAUAGUGAGUGGCAACAACCUUACCGACCUCCCGGCUAAUCUCUUCGGAGCAUGUGCCCAUAACACUGUUGGACACAAGUAUUCUGCUUUGAAAUAUUUAGACAUGUCCAACAAUAACAUAAGAAGAAUCCACGGCAAAACAUUCCAUUGUCUGCCACAACUAGAGACAUUAAUACUGCGUAACAAUAAUUGGAAACUUUUAGAUAUUAGCCACACUGGAGUAUUUGAAGGGUUAACCCAACUUCGUGUUCUUGACUUGGACGAUACCUUAGCCAGCUGGAGUGGUCCUGAGAGAUACGAAUACCUUAUCCGUUUACCGUACAUUUUAAAUAAGACCAGCACAACACUGGAAGAUCUUAAUUUGUCUAAUAAUGACAUUUUAGUGUUGACCAAUGAAACUAUGGAAAUGUUGUGUAACAUGGAAUCUCUGAAGAAACUAAAUGUAUCACAUAACUAUUUAAUAGAGAUCAACCCGGAAUUGUGUACAUACAGCAUCGAACAGUUAGAUCUCUCUUAUAACGGCAUACUAGAUGGCUCCUUUUUUACUCAGUUCAACCAGUCCAUGCCCUAUCUUACAGAUUUAAGGCUCGGCCACAACACUUACAGCUGCAGUUGUUAUUUGAAAGACUUUUAUGAAUGGUUAACAAAGAACCAAGAUAAAGUUGGGGAUGUAGAUAAUGUCACUUGUUUUCAUAGUUAUAAAGACUUGUACCAGGGCAGGCAAGUACUCAGUCUGCAAGAAUCGGACUUGAAGUGUGAGAAGCGCAGUGGUGUUCACUUGGAAACCUCAUAUAUUAUAUUUGCUUUCAUUGCUUGUACUGCACUCAUUGUUCUCUAUCUCAACAGAGGUAGUAUUAAGCGGGUAUUUAAACGAUGUGUUGCUCCUUACAUCACUGCUAGAACACAUUACAGUUAUGCAUCAGUAGAAAUAUAAUUUAUAGCAUUCUUAUUGCCAAAGGAAAUAGGGAAGCACCUAUAACCCUUUUGAGGUCCUCUAGGACUGGUAAGAGGAAGUUAUCCUCUGAUUGGAAAGCUACCCUAAAUGUUUAAAACAGUAAAUUUGGCUAAAGGUAUCCAAAGGCCAGGCAGUAGUGUUAAACUGGGCAAGGAAUUAACUCUACCAUUCAAAUAUGCAGUAUAUGAUGAAAGAACUCGUGUGAUGUGUACACAUAAAUACAUUUGACUUUUUAAACUGUGUGAUAUAUACUGUAUGAAGUAUAGCAUGUUGUACCAUAUAACACACUUUGGGAUAUAUAAAGCACACAACACCCAACUCACUGUGUGAUAAUAACACUACAUGAUAUAAAUAUAUAACAUGUCACCUGCUAUGUGAUAUAUAAAUUAUUUUUAUCUUGAAAUUAUUUCCAUUUAUCAUCCAUUCAAUCAUAUUUUAAUUUUCUUUGACAGUCUUCUAGUCUACUGUGAUAGCCAUGGACUUUUCCCUUCAUUUGGAAGAGAAUAUCAGCCUGUUACAAAAUGAGAAUCUUACGUUUCUUUUUCAUCUUUAAAACAGAUUAUUCAUGUACUUAGCUUGUUUUUGUUGUUUUGGCAACCAUCUCUCUGUCUUCUUUGAAUCUCAAGAACACUUAAAAUGGAAGAAACAAACAACCCAUUUGUGUGUUUAUAUCCCACUGGCCCUUUUUUUUUUUUUUUUUGCUAAGACACUUAAUUCCAGAUUUGCUCUUUUUUUUUUUUUUUUUUUUCAGUGCUCACUUUUUAAGGAGACUUCCCUAUGACAGUACAACAUCUAAAAAGGGAUAACACUGCAGAAACCUAAUUUGAGCAGUGGCUCUUUGGAGACUUGUAGUCCACGAAGAGUUUAUUGUA